UCUCUCUCUCUCUCUCUCUCUCUAAAAUCUUACUCCUUACUACAAUGACCGAUCGGCAGUACGCAACGACAAGGCCCGCCUUCGCCCCCACCUCCAUCCUCCACAAGCUCAGGGCCCACGCCCCCAACUCUUCCCAGCUCGUCGGCCUCGCCACCCUCGUCAUCUCCGGCGGCAUCCUCCUCCUCCUCUCCGGCCUCACCCUCACCGCCACCGUCCUCGUCCUCAUCUUCUUCGCGCCCCUCAUCAUCAUCUCCAGCCCCAUAUGGCUCCCGAUUGGCUUCCUCAUCUUCGUCACCAUCUCCGGCCUCCUCUCCUUCCUUGGCAUCGGUGUCGCCGUUGUUGCAGCGGUUUCCUGGAUUUACCGCUAUUUUAGGGGGCUCCACCCGCCCGGUUCAGACCGGUUUGAUUACGCGAGGACCAGGCUUGCCGACACGGCGGGGCAUGUGAAGGAUUAUGCCAUUGAGUAUGGCGGGUAUUUGCAGAGUAAGGUCAAGGAUGCUGCACCUAGUGCGUGAAUAAGUGCGUGUGUUUAUGUGUGCUUUUUACAAUUUUUAUGAGCUUUUUUACUGCUGAAAUUAAUCACUAUAUAUAUUUUGUUUUUGUUAUUUGAGGUUUCAUUGUCUA